UGAAACUGGACGCGAUUCGCUCGAUCGGGAUAAACGAUCGAGGGACACGUUGUUUUUACGCGACGACGAUAAGUGCAGCGCUUGCGUGAUAGAUCGUUGAGGAUUUCUGGUGUUUUAUUAAGCGUGGGUACCGGUGAUACGCGAGUCUCAGUGUCAGUCGAUCACCGAGAGCGUCCAAAGGAGGACAAAUCCCCGAGAUGUUGUUCGAGUGUUUGGCGUUAAUUGCCCUGCUGCAUCCAUUGGUGCACGUGUCUGCUCAAGGUUUUGGCCAGAGAUGCGUGACGCCGAAUUUCGAGCCAGGAGUGUGUCUGAGCAUCAGACAAUGCGAACCUCUGAAGAGUUUGCUGCUACGCGAUGGUCUGGCGGCAAGAGAUUUCCUAAUACGUUCGAUCUGCUCGAACAACAACGGAUACGCGGUGGUUUGCUGCCCUGCGAACACAGUGGAACCUUCCAGAGAUGGUAAGGUGGUCGAAGAGAAGAUCUACGGGCCCCUGGAACCACCACAUUGUGGUUUCAGCAACAUCAGCCACGCCAAAGUGGUCGGUGGCGAGCCAGCGUCGCUAGGUGCGUGGCCCUGGAUCGCCGCGUUAGGCUACCGCGGCAUUAAAGACCCAACGAAACCAAGAUGGCUGUGCGGGGGUUCCCUGAUAUCGGCGAGACACGUCCUGACAGCUGCCCACUGCGCGGUACGGGACGAUCUGUACGUGGUUCGUAUCGGUGACUUGAAUUUGGAAAAAGAGGACGACGGGGCCCAACCGGCCCAGAUCGAGAUCGAGCAGAAGAUCGUGCAUCCUGGGUACACCAGCUCGCCAAGGGUUUCGAACGAUAUCGCUGUUCUCAGACUGGUGGAGGAUGUACAGUUUACGAGCUACGUUUACCCCAUUUGCCUACCUGUGAAGGAGCCUCUUCGAAGCAAGAAUUUCGAGCGAUACUUCCCUUUCAUCGCUGGAUGGGGGGCGAUAGGAACCAGAGGGCCAGCCAGCGCGGAUCUCCUGGAAGUGCAAGUGCCGGUAGUCAGUCCCGACAAUUGCAAACAAGCUUAUUCUAGAUUCGCGAGCGCGGUGAUCGACGAUCGAGUGUUGUGCGCCGGAUACGCGCAGGGAGGAAAAGAUGCGUGCCAGGGUGACAGCGGAGGGCCUCUGAUGUUGCCCCAGGGCGUAUCAACUUUCUACCAGAUAGGGGUUGUUUCGUACGGUUAUAAAUGCGCCGAGCCCGGUUACCCCGGUGUCUACACCAAAGUCACCGAGUUCCUCGACUUCAUUACAUCGUCGAUGCAGUAAUCCCUCGUUUUUGGAUCGUCGCGGAACGAUUCUGGUACCUGAAAGUAUUUUCUGCCUCACGAAACCGUAAUCUUAAGGUGCACGAACCGUGUGAAACGGCUACUAGUUUACGCGAGCGUUUCACAGUUCACGUAUUAGGAACGCUUGGAAGAAGAACGACAUCUCCGAACGUGAUUCUUUCCCAAAUCUGCUUGUCAUAGCUUGUUACGUACUUGUAUUUAUUAUCGAUACCUUAAGGGUAAAUAAAAGAGACAAUGUUGAAAG